CAUCUGCUUAAACAGUCCAUUGAAAUUAGAACAUAAAACCUCAAAUACGGCGUCGUUUCCACGUACUAAACUCAGAAAUUAUCGGAUUCAGUGAUGUAUUCCAUAAUUUUACUCUGAUUCAUCUUCCUAUUCAUUUUUCAAUUUUCUUUAGCUAAGAAGAGGAGAAGAUUCGGGAUGGACUCCGAUGAGCUUCGGGAGAUUUUAUCAAGAUCGCGUGUGGGGAUUUGGGAGCUAAUUGACGCGGCGAUUAAAGUCGCCAUUUCCGACUACGCUGGGGAUUUGAAGGAUCGCCGAGAUAAAAUUGUUGAGUCGCUUUAUUCUUCUACCUCCUGUAAUCAGCUCUGCCAAAACUGUAAUAACGGCAUCACCGAUGUCGUUCCCGAUCGCUAUUAUUCUCAUAAUAACAAUAAUAGUAGCGAUAAUAACAACGAUAAUACUCCCGAUAUGAACAAAAGUAAAAUCGUUAAUAAUGAUAAUAUAAAUGAGGAAUUUAGUAAGAGCCCGUUGACUCCUGAGUCAAAUAAUCGGAAUUCUAGUGGAGAAGAGGAACGACAAGAAGAAGAAGAUUUGGAUCCAUACGGGGGGCUGUUUGAUGAUGAGCAGACCAAAAUUCUUAGAUUCAAAGAGCAGCUUGAAGACCCCAACCAGAAUGAAGAAUCUGUGGUGGAAUCGCUGCAAAAUCUAGAAGACAUGGAUAUUACUUUCCAAGCGCUGAAGGAAACUGAUAUAGGAAGGCAUGUCAAUGGAUUGCGGAAGCAUCCGUCAAAUGAAGUGCGCAGAUUGGUGAAGCAGCUUGUCAGGAAAUGGAAGGAAACUGUGGAUGAGUGGGUUAAGUUGAACAAACCUGAAGCAUCUUCAAACCUCAUCGCUGAUGGGGACUCACCUCAGCAGAACAUGUCCAAAAAUCAACAAAAUGGCCAUCACCAGGUGCUGGAUUUCGGGUACUCUCCAAAUCCACGGAGCGAAUGUAUGAAUCAGAUUCUGAAAUUUGCAGUUGAUGUGAAGUCUGGUGCAGAAAGGAACAUUUCAGAAUAUGAACCAAGGCCUAAACCACCUCAAUCUGUCCCUCGUAGAGAAACUCCAUCCAGACCACCGCAAUCAGUUCCUAAAUCUGCCUCUGCUCCUCCUAGCAAACCACAACGGGAAGCUGCCGUAGAUGAUGAAAGGCUGAAUUCUGCUAGAAGGCGACUUCAAGAAAACUACCAAGAAGCUCAGAAUGCCAAAAAGCAAAGGACAAUUCAGAUGAUGGAUAUUCAUGAGAUUCCCAAACCAAGGAAUGGCUUCAUUGGCAGGAAUAAAGGUGGCGGCGGCUUUCAGGGGAGGCAUCACCGUUGAUCUGCCCUUUUUUUGUACCAUAAAAUUGCUCGCAAUUUGCUGUGUUUUUCUGAUGAGGGGAUUACCAGGAAAACGUCUGGUCAAUCUUCAGUUACAUUAUUUGUUGUCCAGCAAGGCUGCAAUUUAAACAUAAAUUUUAGAAUUGAGUAGUCUUUUUCUAAUAAUUUAAUUAUUGUCAUUAAAUUUUGUUCUUUCA